CGACGAUGUCGCGGGAUAGUUGCACGCGACGACGCGCCCGGCUAACAUGAUGCUGGCGGUCAAGAUAUCAUUGGUUUGCCUGUGCAUUUGCCCAAUCCUGUGCUCUCCGGUACUACAUCAGGCAUACGAGAUUUUCGACGACGUCGAGAACGACGCCGAGAUAAUUGAUGCAGUGAGUUUUCCACUGGGCGCGAAAAACCUCGACGAAAAACGAAUUCCGGUACGCAAGCUGAUCAUACCAGCCGGCUACCUCAGCCUUUACGGGUCCAAGAACCUCGGCGAGCGAUCGCAGAUUCCGUACAACCAGGUGUUGCUGCCGGGCAUUAGAAAUUUGAACGAAAAGUCGCUGCCAGAGUUCAUUGUGGCCAAAGUAAACGGCGAGCACGACUUUACCGCUCGUCAUCCCAAAUCAUCUGAAGUGGAGCAAGCGGUGCUGUAAACAAUUAGGGCGACGCGUGCAUUUUGUAUUUACGAUAUGCAUUGAGGACAGGUUGUUUUUUUAUCUCUCCUCCUUCGAGUGCCACUGGUUAUUUUAGAUCGGACAAGGAAAUUCGCUGAUAUUCCGGUUUUCUCAAGUGGGUCAGUUACGCGUAAUUGAUGUGAUCGUGGAGCUCGUUAAUAUUCAAUAUUUGAUGUGGUACCGAUCGAUACUGGUUUGAAUCAGGCGUUGAGUGAUAUUUAUUUGAUUUUACUUUAAAUAGCUACGAAUUAUUUUUUUUUAAGUUUAAAUGUGCAUCGUUGUAUUUUAAAUUGGUAACCGUAACUGCUAAUAUUUUUUUUUGUUAAUUCAUUAAUCGAAUGGGCUACGUUUUUCAAUGCGCAGUUGUAAAAGCUUGUGUCCUGGAUCAAGUGAUGGUUUUUUAAGCGAAACCUGUAUUACUCCAACAAAAUAAAGCCAACUAGCUGAAAUAAGCAAAAACAAACAAAAAUGUAUAGGUUUUGUUGUAAUGUAAAUAGGAUUUUCAUUUAAAAAUAAAGAAAUCAUGACUUAUUUUUCACAA